AUGUCUUUCUCCGGGCGUCGCGUGAGCAUCCUGCGUCCUUCCAAUCGACGCUUCUCAGUGGGCAAGGAGCUGUCAACCAACGAACUCCAAUCCGAAACCCAUCGUCAGUUCCGAACUGCCCACGAAGGUCACCGUCCCCAUGCUGGUCUCGAUGCCUCCCGUGCUUCCACCGGUGUUGUCUGGUGUACCGAACGUGCCUCAGAACACGGCUAUCUAGAAGAUCCCACCGGCUGGGCCAACCUUGGCCAGGGUGCCCCCGAAGCCGACGACGAAAUCGAGGGCAGCUUCCCCCGUCCCGAAUCUAUCCCCAUCACCUCUGCCACUCGAGAAUAUGGCCCAACUGCCGGAAUCAAACCCCUCCGUGCCGCAGUCGCCCGCCUAUACAACGAACACUACCGCCAGGGCAAGGCGAGUCAGUAUACUUGGGAGAAUGUGUGCAUUGUCCCCGGUGGUCGAGCGGGAUUGAUUCGAAUUGCGGCCAUUCUGGGCAAUUCAUAUCUAUCUUUCCCCAUUCCCGAUUACUCUGCAUACUCGGAGAUGUUGAGUUUGUUCAAGAACAUUGCUCCUAUCCCAAUGCCUCUUGCUCAGGAAGAUCACUACCACAUCCAUCCCGAUAAGAUCGCCGAGGAAAUCGCUCGUGGUACAUCGGUCAUCCUGACCUCCAACCCUCGUAACCCGACCGGACACUUUAUUUCCGGCGACGAGUUGUCCAACAUCCAGGAUAUCUGCCGUGAUCGUGCUACUCUCAUCCUAGAUGAGUUCUACGGUGGCUACAACUACACCACCGACUGCGAUGGCACGACCAUCAGUGGUGCUGCAAAUGUCGUUGAUGUAAACAAGGAUGACGUUCUUCUGAUCGACGGCCUCACAAAGCGUUUCCGUCUGCCAGGUUGGCGCAUUGCCUGGGUUGUAGGCCCCAGGGAAUUCAUAGAUGCCCUCGGCUCCGCAGGUUCCUACCUCGACGGUGGCGCCAACGCUCCCUUCCAAGAAGCCGCUAUCCCCAUGCUUGAGCCCUCGCUCGUCCACACAGAAAUGAAGGCGCUACAAGGCCACUUCCGCGAGAAGCGAGACUUCGUCCUCCAGCGUCUUCACGAAAUCGGUUUCCGCGUCCAGGACGUCCCGCAGGCAACCUUCUACAUCUGGCUCGACUUGACCUCGCUCGAACCACCUCUUCCCAGGGAAGCUAACAUCUCUGAUGGACUGAACUUCUUCAAUGCCCUUCUGAGCGAGAAGGUCAUUGUCGUGCCCGGUAUCUUCUUCGACUUGAACCCGGCCAAGAGACGCGACCUGUUCGACAGUCCCUGCCACCACUUUGUCCGCUUGAGUUAUGGGCCGAAGAUGGACGUUUUGAAGAUGGGUCUCGACGGUAUUGAGCGGGUUAUUCGCCGUGCGCGGGGAGAGCACUACGAGCCUACGGCUCAGGAUGAGGAGGCUAUUCAGGACGAUUAG